UUAUUUUCCGACACAAACAGAGCAAUGACGUCCGUUAACGUUAAGCUCCUUUACCAUUACGUCUUAACCAACUUUUUCAACCUCUGUUUGUUCCCGUUAACGGCGUUCGUCGCCGGAAAAGCCUCUCGGCUUACCACAAACGAUCUCCACAACUUCUUUUCCUAUCUCCAACACAACCUUAUAACCGUAGCUAUACUCUUUGCUUUCACUGUCUUUGGUUUGGUUCUCUACAUGGUAACCCGACCCAAACCGGUUUAUCUCGUUGACUACUCGUGCUACCUUCCACCACCGCAUCUCAGAGCCAGUGUCUCCAAAGUCAUGGAUGUUUUCUAUCAAAUAAGAAAAGCUGAUACUUCACGGAACGUGGCAUGCGAUGAUCCGUCCUCGCUUGAUUUCCUGAGGAAGAUUCAAGAGCGUUCAGGUCUAGGUGAUGAGACCUACGGUCCCGAGGGACUCCUUCACGUGCCCCCACGGAAGACUUUUGCAGCGGCACGUGAAGAGACAGAGCAGGUUAUCAUUGGUGCGCUCGAAAAUCUAUUCGAGAACACCAAAGUUAACCCUAGAGAGAUUGGUAUACUUGUGGUGAACUCAAGCAUGUUUAAUCCAACUCCUUCGCUAUCCGCGAUGGUCGUUAAUACUUUCAAGCUCCGAAGCAACAUCAAAAGCUUUAAUCUUGGAGGAAUGGGUUGUAGUGCUGGUGUUAUCGCCAUUGAUCUUGCUAAGGACUUGUUGCAUGUUCAUAAAAACACUUAUGCUCUUGUGGUGAGCACUGAGAACAUCACUCAUGGGAUUUAUGCUGGCGAAAAUAGAUCAAUGAUGGUUAGCAACUGCUUGUUCCGUGUUGGUGGGGCCGCGAUUUUGCUCUCCAACAAGCCUGGAGAUCGGAGACGGUCCAAGUACAAGCUAGCUCACACGGUUCGAACCCAUACGGGAGCUGAUGACAAGUCUUUUCGAUGUGUGCAACAAGAAGACGAUGAGAGUGGUAAAAUCGGAGUUUGUCUGUCAAAGGACAUAACCAAUGUUGCGGGGACAACGCUUAAGAAAAACAUAGCAACAUUGGGUCCGUUGAUUCUUCCUUUAAGCGAGAAAUUUCUUUUUUUCGUUACCUUCGUCGCCAAGAAACUUUUAAAGGAUAAAAUCAAGCAUUACUAUGUCCCGGAUUUCAAGCUUGCUAUUGACCAUUUCUGUAUUCAUGCCGGAGGCAGAGCCGUGAUCGAUGAGCUAGAGAAGAGCUUAGGACUAUCGCCGAUAGAUGUGGAGGCAUCUAGAUCAACGUUACAUAGAUUUGGGAAUACUUCGUCUAGCUCAAUUUGGUAUGAAUUGGCAUACAUUGAGGCAAAAGGAAGAAUGAAGAAAGGGAAUAAAGCUUGGCAGAUUGCUUUAGGAUCAGGGUUUAAGUGUAAUAGUGCGGUUUGGGUGGCUCUACGCAAUGUCAAGGCUUCGGCAAAUAGUCCUUGGCUACAUUGCAUCGAUAGAUAUCCGGUUAAAAUUGAUUCUGAUUUGUCAAAGUCAGAGACUCGUGUCCAAAACGGUCGGUCCUAAUUUGAUGUAUCUAUCUGAGUGCCAACGUUUACUUUGUCUUUUCUUUCUUCUUUCUUUUAUUGGUUAUGAUUAGAUGUUUAAGAUGUUCUCUCUUUUUCGUUAUAAAUAAAGAUGUUCCAUUGUU